AAGGUUUGCUCUUCUGAAGUGUGGCUGCGUUGGAUAGCAUGACUAUCUAUCCACCCGCUCUGAUUCAUAACAGCAUACGGUGCAAAUCAAAUCGAAAUGCUAAAGUUUCCCAUUUAUUCGGUGCUGGUUAGCCAGGAGGCUACCGGCAGCCCCGUAGACAGCAGCAGCUUGUUAGGGAGUCAGCUCCCUUCCCAGGAUGGGCAGUUGGAACCUUUGAACGAGGGUUUUCUUUCUAGAAUCUCCGAUCUGCUACUGUGUAGAUGGACUUGCAGGCACUGCUGUCAGAGGUGCUAUGAAUCCAGCUGUUGCCAGUCGAGUGAGGAUGAAGUUGAAAUUCUGGGACCUUUCCCUGCCCAGACCCCUCCCUGGCUGAUGGCCAGCCGGAGCAGUGACAAGGACGGGGACUCCGUCCACACAGGCAGUGAAGUCCCUCUGACCCCACGGACCAAUUCCCCAGAUCGAAGAUGCUCGUCCUCAGACACAUCUAAGUCUACGUACAGCCUGACCCGGAGGAUUUCAAGUCUUGAAUCCAGACGGCCCAGCUCCCCGCUCAUUGAUAUUAAACCUGUCGAGUUUGGCGUGCUCAACGCCAAAAAGGAGCCCAUCCAGCCCUCGGUGCUCAGACGGACCUAUACCCCGGAUGACUAUUUCAGAAAGUUCGAGCCUCAGCUGUACUCCCUCGACUCUAACAGCGACGACGUGGACUUCCUGACCGAUGAGGAGAUCUUGUCCAAGUACCAGCUGGGCAUGUUGCAUUUCAGCACCCAGUAUGACCUGCUGCACAACCACCUGACCGUGAGGGUGAUCGAGGCCAGGGACCUGCCGCCCCCCAUCUCCCACGACGGCUCGCGCCAGGACAUGGCGCACUCAAACCCCUACGUCAAGAUCUGUCUCCUGCCGGACCAGAAGAACUCGAAGCAGACGGGGGUCAAACGCAAGACCCAAAAACCCGUGUUUGAGGAGCGCUACACCUUCGAGAUCCCCUUCCUAGAAGCGCAGAGGAGGACCCUACUGCUGACCGUGGUGGAUUUUGAUAAGUUCUCCCGCCACUGUGUCAUUGGGAAGGUGUCCGUGCCCCUGUGUGAGGUUGACCUGGUGAAAGGCGGGCACUGGUGGAAGGCGCUGGUCCCCAGUUCUCAGAAUGAAGUAGAGCUGGGGGAGUUGCUUCUGUCACUGAAUUACCUCCCGAGCGCUGGGAGACUGAAUGUUGAUGUCAUUCGAGCCAAGCAACUUCUUCAGACAGAUGUGAGCCAAGGUUCAGACCCUUUUGUGAAAAUCCAGCUGGUACAUGGACUCAAACUUGUGAAAACAAAGAAGACAUCCUUCUUAAGAGGCACAAUUGAUCCUUUCUACAAUGAAUCCUUCAGCUUCAAAGUUCCCCAAGAAGAACUUGAAAAUGCCAGCUUAGUGUUUACAGUGUUUGGCCACAACAUGAAGAGCAGCAAUGACUUCAUCGGAAGGAUUGUCAUCGGCCAGUACUCUUCGGGCCCCUCCGAAUCCAACCACUGGCGGCGGAUGCUAAACACUCACCGCACGGCCGUGGAGCAGUGGCACAGCCUGAGGUCCCGGGCCGAGUGUGACCGCGUGUCUCCUGCCUCGCUGGAGGUGACCUGAGGGCUGCGGCAAAAGGAGCUUUCAU